UUUCCACAGCUCCACCACCACUACCGCCUCUUUCACUUUCCCACACUUGACACUUACAGCACCUCGACACCUCCGUAUUCCGCGCUGGAAUCCUGCGAUUAAACACCCGUCUUUAUCUACCUGCCAGCGGCACAAACACAGGCACAGGCGCACUCCAGCUCAGGAGGUGGCCUCCGGGAGAACGUGCACAGGACAGGACACACCAAGGACGCAGGCCGGCGGGAAAGAAAGAGGAUGGCGAGUGCCGAAGUGGCCAGUAGCCCCGCCGCAGAGCAGCGACCACUGAAGCGCCGACCCUUUGCCAAUUUCGUUAAACGCCUGACACAUUUCAAGAGCAGCGACCAGAAGAAGGAGGAGAAUGGGAAGAAGGCGUACGGUGGCGGAGCUGCAAAGUACAAGAAGAACAACAGCCUCCCCGGCAAGAACAACCCGUAUCCGCAGUCGGGACAUCUACACGAGGAGGUGCAACACGCCAGUCAACCCUCCUUGGGCACUUCAACACGCGAACCGUACGAGCGGGACUCUAGCUUGUCACUACCACAGAACCCGGUACACGACCAAGAGGGGCACAAUGGCCACAGUAACAAGAGUGGAGCACCCACGCUUGCGACAAAUGCCGAGACCGUGCACAGCGACGCGGGAAAUAGCAGAGCCGUGACUACAUCCACGGGUGCCGGUGCAUUGAGUACCGCAGGCGCCAAUAGCACAUUCAGCUCGCCCAACCACAGCCUUCAUUCCCUCGCGACCACGCUGACCACGAUCCAAUCGACCGGCACUCCAGUGAAUGGAGCUCACGGCUCUCUGCAUUACAACGGCCAAAGCCAGCCCAAUGGCUCUCAAUUCUCCCACCAAUAUCCUGUCUCUCCAGGUCCAUCCGCAGCCAUAACCGCCUCUGCCAUUCCACGGCAUCUACACACCGACUCGACGUCGGUAGCCAACACCCCAGCGACCUACAACUCUGCGACAGCCAAUAAUAUGCUCUCCGACAACGCAAGCAUUCUCACACUGGCAUCUUCGUCGAAGCGCCGACGCCGAAGCAUGGACACGGACGCUUCUGUCCGUGCUUUAGCGCCCGGCUCAACCUUUGGCGGAAGUCGCGAAUCGCUCCCACUGAGUGUGCUCAGCGGAGGACAAGAAACUUCGCGUCAGUCUAUCGGUGGCAUACCAGGAUCUGCCUCUGCAGAACGUGCUUCUGUAUACUCCUCUUCGGGUCUCGCGAGGGAAGUCCCAGCGCACGCCACUGCUCUCCCAUCCGAGCGCGGCUCCUACUACAACCGACCGGGUGAUGCCAAGUCUCUGAGAUCCAUCACCAACAUGGGCGCGAACAAAGACGACGCGCGAUCCAUCAGCGGUAGUCAUUACGGUCUGGACGCCCGUUCACAGUACGAUGCCAAGAGUCUGCACGAUGUCUCGAGUGUGAGAAGUGUGGAGGUGGCGAAGAGUGGUGGCGCAACAGCAGGCGGACUCGAUGCCGCAAGUGAGCGAGACGGAGGUGGUCAUCAGCAUGCCAGGAACGGUAGUAUCCCUGGGAGCAUAGGUGGCGGUGCAACAUACACUCCCAGUCUGUUGCGACAAAUCAGUGGCGCUGGGAGCUUGGAUGUGCAAAGUCGAAGGAGCAGUGGUUGGGAGGAGGCGGCCGACAAGGAGAACGAGACGGACACCAAGGACAGCAAGAAGCAGCAGCAAGACUAGGUCUCUUGUGAUGCGGUGUUUUACGAGGACGGAGUGGGACGACGAGCGAAGGGUCUGGCGCUUUCUGUGGAUUUGAUGUGUAUGAUGGACCAGGGUAGGAGGAGACAUCUGACUGAGCAGGCGCGCUUAAGAGCACGCAGGUUGGAGGCUUUGCAGUACUAAAGUUCAUUUAUGCACAGAUGGCACGAAGGACGAAGUGGAUGGUACGUCGGCGUUGGCGUUGGAAUGGCACAGGAGGGACAGUAGCAUGCAUGAUACCCCACCAAUUCGAUCAGGUUUUUUGUACGAUUAUCGAGUUGGAAUAUUUCCCAUCUAUGCAAGCUG